AUGCCUCCUCGAUCGCAGCUUGAAAUCAACACUUCCUCUGUUCUCCGCCUGGUGAAGGAGGAAGCUUCCUACCACCAAGAAGCAGUACAGCAGACUGAGAGAAUCAAGAAGCUGGAGAAUGAACAGAGCGAGGACGAGAACCGUGAAUUCUUGUUGCAGCAAGAGCGCCGGGCCCUGGACGAGACCAAAAAAGUCUUCCCAUCUCUCAAGAAGAAACUACAUGACAUUGUAACCGAGCUGGAAUCGCUCAUUGCCGAAGAGGCUGCCAAGGGUUCCGACAGCAACGUCGAUCAGAUCACCGCAGCAAAGGAGGCCAUCGCUCAGGCCAAGACCGCCGAGCGCGAAGUGUCUUAG